AUGGAAGAUAAGAAUCAGACGACAGUGACUGAAUUUCUCUUCUUGGGCCUCACAGAUCUACUCCACCAGAAGAUAGUCCUAUUUGUCACGCUUCUUUUUAUUUACCUUGUCACCCUUGGGGGUAACAUGGGGAUGAUCACUCUCAUAUGGCUUGAUCCCAAACUUCACACCCCUAUGUACUUUUUUCUUAGCCACUUGUCCCUUGUUGAUAUGUGUUCUUCUUCCAUCGCUCCUAAAAUGCUGGGUGAUACCUUUGCGGAGCAAAAGGUCAUUUCCUUUGUGGGUUGUGCUGCACAGAUGUGGUUCUUUGGUCUCUUUGUGGCCACGGAGUGCUUCCUCUUGGCUGCCAUGGCGUAUGAUCGGUACAUAGCCAUCUGCAAACCCUUGUUGUAUACACUCAUUAUGUCUCAGGGGGUUUGUGUACAGUUGAUUAUAGGACCGUAUGCCAUGGCUCUUAUAAGCACCAUGACCCAUACGACAUUGACUUUUUGCUUACCCUUCUGUGGUCCCAAUAUCAUCAACGACUUUUUCUGUGAUAUUUCCCCACUGCUUUCCUUAGCAUGUGCAGAUACCUGGACUAAUAACUUGGUGCUUUUCACCUUGGCGGGAGCUAUAGGGGUCCUCAGCGGUCUGAUCAUCAUGGUCUCCUAUGUUUGCAUCCUGCUGUGCAUCGUCAGGAUCCAGACUGCCGGUGGGAGGAGAAAGGCCUUCUCAGCGUGCUCUUCCCACCUCACAGCUGUCUCCAUCCUCUAUGGAACUCUUUUCUUUAUCUAUGUCAGACCUAGCUCAAGCUCUUCCCUGGAUAUCAAUAAAGUGAUUUCUGUGUUUUACACCAUAGUGAUUCCCAUGUUGAACCCCAUCAUCUACAGCUUGAGAAACAAGGAGGUGAAAGAUGCCUUCCGGAGAACAUUGGAGAGGGGACAUUUGCUAACAAGUAAGUAA